CAUUCACAAAUACAGAUAACUUGACUACUGUUGCCACAGAGCCAUCUACUAUAGGAAUGUUUUCAGCUGUUCCUACAAAUGCAUCCAACCAGGAACCCAUAACACAAAGGACUCAUGAAAGUACCACCCUCUACCCUGUCUCUCAGAACAGCAGUGGGACCACAGCAGCCAUCUCAGAGUCUACAGUCAACUUUACUUCUACCUCUGGGAUCACCCCAGUUCCUGGAACCGUGAACUCUUCUGCCCAGACACAGACCUCUUUAGCCACCAUAGUGUCUUCCACCCUAACCAACUUUUCAACUUCAGAGAUGACCUUGGAGCCCAGCAUGUCACCUGGAAAUAUUUCAGACCCAACAUUCAAUAUCACCAGUCCUGUGGCAUUUACCAUUGAACCCAAUACAUCCUUUUCUUCUACCCCAAGUACCAUCAAGGGAGAAAUCAGAUGUUUCGGAGUCAAAGAAGUGAAAUUGACCCUAGCUAUCUGCCUGCAGCUAAAUGAGACCUCCACCUGUGAGAACUUUAAGAAGGACAAGGGAGAGGAGCUGACCCAAGUCCUGUGUAAGAAGGAUCCGGCUGAGGCUGGGACCAGUGUGUGCUCCUUGCUCCUUGCCCAGUCUGAGGUGAACCCUCGCUGCCUGCUACUCGUCUUGCCCACCCAAACAGAACGGACCAGCAAGUUCCAACUUCUGAAAGAUCACCAAUCUGACCUGAGAAAGCUGGGGAUCCAAGACUUCACAGACCAAAGUGUGGAAAACCACCAGCGCUAUACCCCCAAGACCCUGAUUGCACUGGUCACCUCGGGGAUCCUGCUGGCUGUCUUGGGCAUCACUGGCUACUUCCUGAUGAACCGCCGCAGUUGGAGCCCCACAGGAGAAAGGCUGGGGGAAGACCCUUAUUACACGGAGAACGGUGGCGGCCAGGGCUAUAGCUCAGGCCCGGGGGCCUCCCCUGAGGCUCAGGGAAAGGCCAGUGUGAACCGAGGGGCUCAGGAGAACGGGACCGGCCAGGCCACCUCCAGAAACGGCCAUUCGUCGAGACAACACACGGUGGCUGAUACCGAACUGUGACUCGGCGGGGUGGGGCGAGGCGGGGCGAUGUCAGGGGGGAGGAGGCCCGCCCUGCCGGAGGUGCCAUCCCUCGCCUUCUACCCUUUGCCACUGCACACACCUUCCAUGGCCAUUCCUGGGGCCUUGCCCUGCACCAUAGAGGGGUUCUCUCCACCUUGGGGAGCGGCAGGUAACCCUUCAUGCAUUCAGCUCCCUGAACCCAGGCCCUGGGCUCCCUUGAGGAAGGAUGUGACGGGGAAAAGCCAAAGCUCAGAGGAGCUUCCAGUCGGGGUGGAUGAUCCUGCAACCUUCACACUUGGCCCCUUUCCUCUCCCGCAUCUCUGCCUCGUUCUGGGAACUCCCGGGAGAAAGCGUGGGCUUUUCUGGGCUACAAUUUCCUCCCAGGAGGCCUUGCCUUUUACUGUUUCUUCCUUAUAUUUUCUUUCUUUGCUUUAAGGAAACCAAAGCAGCUCACUACACCUGCUCUUUGUUAUGAUAUAGCCGGACACCUUGUCGUCUUACACCAUGUACCUUACGCCCCCUCCAAGUCCCUGUGGACCCGUCACCUGCUUCCCUCUUGCUCUCCAAGGCUCCCCCGAGCUCUGCGGUCCCGCCACCUCUGUGUGCAGAGGCCGCACAGCUUUCUGGCUGAGCCUGGACCGGGGCUCCGAGUUGUAGAACAAUGUCUCUGUUUGGGAGACGGGAUGGAGGUGCAUGGACACAUGUGUUCCCACCCAUGGGGGCAAGUGGAGGAGAGCAAACAGCUCAGUGCUGGUCGUCCCGGGACCUCCCAGAGCCUCUGCGUGGGCUCUUUCCUCCCAAUGGUCAGAGUGGACAGGAACACGGGACCACAUCGCUGAGCCAAACCCCUUGACCUGUGCGCAUCUCAGGAAGCCUCUUGCUCUUAGGCGAGGUCCUGACCUUACCCUCUGAUCUCGAUGGCUUCCUCCUCCCCCGCCCCCCGAUUCCUGGGGUGAGCUGUGUCCUCAGGCCCCCAGCAGACUCCCUCUGUCCCUGUCUCCCCCACCCUGACCCCCUUCACUGCUCUGCAUCCCCUGGUGGUCAGGGCCCCAGGACAGCCACCAGAGGACCCUCACCACAGCCACCUCCUCUGUGGGUGACCCAGGUCCUCAUUUUUGUGGGGGUUUUUUUCCAGAGGGGUGAGCAGGGAUCCUGAUUUCAAUGACGGUUGGAAAUAGAACUUUCCAGAGAUAGGAUGAUUGGGUAGAUUUUUUUCUUCUGAAUAAAGAAUGGUGUGUAAAUACUGUAAUUAAAGUAAUAGUGAAACAC